UGCAUAGCAAACAUCGCGCGGCCCCGUAUGGCAUGCGUUUCCUAUGCUCCGUGCUAUGUCGUGUGUGCGUGUGCAGGCAAAUGCGCGCAUGCGGGUUGUCGUUUGGGGGCUUGAGUGCUUGAUGCUCUGCCGGUGGUGGUUAACCAACGGCCUCGGAUCAUUUCAGUGGUUCCACGCCUCGUUGUGUAAAUUUGAGUAAUUUAAUUCUAAUUUAUCGUUUACCACAGCCACUGGAAACCAUUGCUUUUGCCUAGCUGCAGCAGCUCUAGACGAACACACAUCGUCCUACAUGCGCCCGUCGGCUUCCCAUUUGACAGAUGAGCGCGUAAAGCGAGUGAACUUUCACUCUCGUUCGGUUCGCUCUGCUGAAAGAGAGAGAGAGAGAGAGAGAGAAACAAUCAACAAUCAACCCGAGAGAUGGAAGGCGGGAUCCCUCUCCGGGAGCGUACUUUUCUCUUUUUUUGUUUGCUUCUUGGUAGAUACUGGCGGGUAAAUGCACUUACAGCAAUGCAACACCCUUCAAGCAAAGCUGUAAUUAUGGAGGAAGUUAAGUUAUAAGAAUACCGAUAGUAAUGAUUAGAUUAGAUGAUAAGAUGGAGGGCAAAUCACUCAGAAAAGGUGCCACUUUGGGGCAGCAGGAUAAAUAAAACAAUUGUGCAAAUUCUUGAGAUUAGAACCCGCCAUGUAAACACUGUCUGAACUACUGAAGAUAAGACAGUCGGGAAGUUUCGACACAAUGCCUUGGGAACUAGGUCAUACCAGCGGUUGGCUUUGUUUCCUGAGGCGGAGAUCGAUCAACCCGGUGCAACGACCUCAUGUAAGAAUGCAUCAGCAGUAGCGGCUGCCAAACAAAUCAGUCAAGUGACACACACACACACACACAAGUGGGGAUAUUUUUUUGUGCUGCCGGAAGUAACCCCCAGCAAUGACAAUCAGCAGCAACAGUGCGCUGGUGAUGCACAACCGGUUCAAGAACAUGACCCGCCGGUUGCGCUUCUCGCCGCGUAGACGCCAGUACUGUGUGCUGACCAGUGCCGCGAUCCUGCUGCUGGUAGUGGUCGGUGUCGUGGGCUACCUGCUGACCGGCAUGCACUACUGCUUCGAUGUGCUGGUCGAGUGGAAGGUGUCUAAAAUAUGCAAUCAGUAUUACACGAACGAAGUGACCGGCUACAUGUGUCCGGAGCUGUGUGCCGGCGAUACCAUCUCGGAGUUUCACUGCCCGCCCGCUUCCCACGCGGCAGCGCAUCCGUUUAAUGCGCAUCGCUUUCUGGCCCGCAAAGCCCAACAGUUUGUGGUGGUGAAGCAUGCCGUGCCGGAUGCAAGCUACGAGAAGCUGUCCUGGAUCGACAGCCACCGGCAGGAGGAGCACUACCCGACCGAGCAGGAGUACGGCGGUAUCGUGCGGCGCUACAUCGAGCUGCGGUACGGCGUGCAGCUUCCGUUCGACAAGCUUGCGGGGUUGCUGGCACUGAAGAACAAAAACAAUCGCAUCCUGUUCCACGCCAGCAUGCGCAACAGCUGGAACCUGAUCCAGAACAACGAGUACCUGCUGAGCCGGCUGUACGAGGAGAAGGAGAUCUUCCCGCAGGUGCUCGGUACGUGCGGCGAGCUGUUCCUCACCGAGCUGCUCGAGACGGUGGAGUUUGUCGAUGAGGGUCGGUACCAUUUUACCAACCACAUCGACCUGUCCAAGUGGCGGUACCAUCUGAAGGUGGCCGUGCUGGUGCUGGACUAUCUGGACGAGAUGGGCCAGAACCGGUUCCAGAUGUGUUCGGUGGUGCUGGGCGGGUUUGGCAUAAGUGACAGCCGGAUGAAGUAUCACGACCUGCGGUACAUCAGUACGGAGGCGGCCAUCGAUCGGCGGCUGUCGGAUGGGCGCACGUGUGCGGUGGAUGCGGACUGUAGCUACUACGAUUGUCGCAGCCGGUGCAAUGCGACCAGCCACCAGUGUACGGCCGGUUUGCUGAACAACAAUCUGCAGAUUGUCUGUGAAAAGAUAUUUCGCGGCACUGCCGAGGAGCCCGGGAUCCUGGUGACGGAGAAAAGCUCGCCCCGGUUGCUUCGCAUACUGGAUCGGUGUGCGCGACCUGCUAGUCGGUCGGAUGUGGACGCCGCCCGACCGUGGGGCCCGUCGAAGACGCUGAAGAAGCAGCUGUACAACGAGCUGACCAGCAUUUACGAGCAGCUUGCCUCCUCGCUGUACUCCUAA